CCCUUAGUAACUGGCAGCAUGUACACACAUAUAUAACUUUUCAAAUUCUGAUGGAAAUUUAACGUAUCCGCACUAACAGUCGAAACCAAACGAAUUGCUCAAUCCGUAGGCAUCAUUUUAUGUUUAAAUCAAACCAAUACGAGUAGGUGAAGCAGAAACAAAAAAUGUAUUUAGGCGACAUUAAAGUCAAUGGGCAAAUAGCAUGAAGAUAAACCGAUAAAAUGUGAUUAUAAGAAAUAAUAUAGCCGAAGUUCGUUGGUGAAACUUAGUUCCAUUUAGGGCUUUGACGUUUGAAGAUGUCCCCCCAAAUAAAUGUACUCGUUCCAUUAAUUGUGGUUGCAUAUGUGGCCAUUGAGGUAUGUAAAACCACCUGAAGCACUGGGAUACAUUCUAAAACCUUCAGGCCGUGUGGGGCAGGUCGCAGCGAAGGUCGAGUUCACCAACUUUGUAUGUACUUCCUUCGAUAAAGAGUUUGGCGACUUUGAGUACUGCUAUCUAAAGUCGGUGAAUCGGACGUAUAAAUACAUGUCUACUAAAUUUAACUUAUACCAAGCCCCGAUUAAGAAAAUAAAGGUAAAUAUAUCGCUGCAUAAACGAUUCAGCGGUUAUAGGCCGUUCAUGUACAAUGUCACUGUGGAUGGAUGUAGAUUCCUGAACAAUCCCAAAUCGAACCCAGUUAUAUUGUUCUUUUAUAACAUAAUUACUUCAUUCUCAAAUAUAAAUCAUUCGUGUCCUUUCAACGAUGCUGUUAUCAUGGAAAAGAUACCCACCACGACUUUUAAUCACCAUUUUAGUAGUGUGCUGCCAUUUCCGGAAGGAGAUUAUAUGCUACAAAUAGUCUGGAUUGCCUACGACAUCAAUCGGGCUGUAACCAAAUUGUAUUUCACUCUUUCGUGACUUAUGAACUUGUCUGCCCUUGAAAUGUUUGAUACAAUUCGAUAUUCAAGUUUCUUGACGGGUAGUUUUCCUAUCUAAACUGGAACAUACAUAAAAUAAAUUCUUAAGAUGA